CGGUCCGGGGCCGCCCGCCACAGCGGCAGGAGAGACUACCACUCCCGGCGGGCAGCGCGGCCCCAGCGGCCGUGCGCUCCGGGGGCGGAGCUCGGGCGGGAGGCGGGGCCCGGUGGCCGGAGCGGGACAUGGCGGAGGCGGAGUCGCUGUCGCCCGCGGCCGUUCCCGGGGACUCGCCCGGCGCCGGGUCCCGGAGGGUCCGCGGCGGGAGCGAGGGGUCACGGCCGCCGGAGCUGCCGGCCGGCGACACGCGGGAGCUGCUGGAGGAGGUGGAGAUGCAGAUCGGCGACGCCGCCUUCUCGCUGGCGAAGAUCCUGGAGGCGACGUCGGCCGUGUCGGCCCAGGUGGAGGAGCUCGCCACCAAGUGCUCGGAGAACGCCCGGUUCCUCAGAACGUGGCGGGACCUGCUGAGGGAGGGCUACGAGGCCCUGAAGCCCAGCGGCUGACCCUGCCCCCGCCGCGGCCCGCUCCUGUCCGACUGCGACGUGGGGGCUUUUUAAAACGUCGUCCUUUAGGGAGUCCACGCGGAUUUUUGUUUUCCCUUAGCAGCUCGCCGUGAGCCCGAAGUUCUUUCAGUAUCACCUGAUGGCUCGUAUGGCUGCUGUGUGUAAGUCACCGAGUAAAAUAACUUUGUUUAGGGAAUUGGUUACAACUUUUAGACUCUUCCAUUGCAGCUCAGGUCAUCUUGUACCUGAAAUACUCUGCCUUUAUUUUUUUUUUUUUUUUAUUUUGCCAACGUGGUGGAUGCUAGGUUAAGUAUGCAUGGUAUGUCCAGAACUCAUUACUGAUGGGGAAGUGGUGUCCUGCGAGGAGGUAUCAUCAGCCCGCCUUUUUAAGAGCAGUCACCAGCAGAAACCCUGCCAACUCCAGAGAAAGUUGCUGAACAUACUUCAGUUUUUUCUCUAUGCACGCCUUUUUUUCAUAUUGAGCAUGGGAUAAUAUGGCAAGUCGUGGCUUAUUUACAAGCUUUACAUAAGCCAUGUAUCCCAAACCUUACUAUUUUUAGCAAUAUUGCAAUAUAUUUCUAUAACAGUGCAGAUUUUUUGCAAAAUGUUUGAUUACUGCCAACAAUUUUACACUAUCUUUUGUUGUAAUAAAGUGCCUUAUGUUGGACCAUAGAUCUCUGCAUGGUAGAAGUUUAACAGCAUUGUUUACUGAUAGGAUGGAUUAUUUUGAAUUAUAAGUAAAAGCUUCCAUCAAUUAGAAAAGAAGCUGUGAAAUGUAUUCUCCCUUCUCUCAGGAAGCACAUUAGAGAUUUUUCAGUAUUUGCUCCUAUUUUUUUAUCUUUGCCUUAAGCAGUUACUAGUUAGUUAGUCUAGAGCUUACUGUUAACAGAACCUUUUGGUCUGAAAGAUCACUAAUCUGUAGUAAAUAGCUGUACUGAAACUCUUGUACCUUUACCAGAACACUGUGAAAAAAGUAAUGCUGAAAUGCAAUGGCAGGCUGCAGGAGAAUGUGACCCUAACAUGAUUUAUUAGUCAGCCUUAUUUUUUACUGGUAGAAGGACUUUUUAAAAGGCAAACUGUAGUUUUCUUAUCAAAUCAAUAAAGAUGCUACAAAAAAAUCUGAAA